AUGGCUGGACGCAGGAAGGGCAGCAAGAUUGCGGCCGCGAUCGAACUCCCGGUCGAUGCGAUCGGGAAGGACCGCGGUCGCAGUCGCCGCCACAAGAAGAAGCAGCGCACUGAGCAGCAAUGCUUCAAGUGCCAACGGGUGGGGCACAUCGCGAAAGUGUGCAGGGGCACUCUAGCGUGUCUGAAGUGUGCUGAGGCACACGACACACGCGACUGCACCAAGCCUCGCGACGCGGCUGCCAAGUGCGUGAAUUGCGGCGGUGCCCACGCCGCAAACUCGCGCAGCUGCGCCUACGUGCGGGGCUACAGAAACAAGAUGGCCGCCCCACGCCCAGCAGAGGUACCUGGCGUCGAGACGGACGUCCCGCCCCCCCGUUCCCGCGGGGGUGGAGGACCGUGCCGUCGCGAAACCACCACGGACGACGCACUGGCCGCCUUCCACACGGCCCUUGCGGCCGAGAGGGCCGCCAUGAGGGAAGAACUCGUGGCUGUUCACCGCCAGCUGCAACAGCUGCGUGAGGAGCUGCGGGUCCUCAGGAAGACGCCUACCCCCACCGCCAGCUCCACUGCGAGUCGGCCAGCGGGGGUCGACGCAUCCACCCAGACGGAGCCACCCGCGCCGCCAGUUGACGUGACGGGCGGCGUAGAGGCACCCAUGGACAUCGAAGUGGAGCAGCCUGCUCUCCCUCCUGACGGGGAGGUCGAGCCGCGGGCACACGACGAGGAGACGCACACGGAGACACCCCCACUUGCUGCAGCGGAGGCUGGAUGGCUGCCGCUCCCUAAGGCGGACAGCGUGCCAGAAGGUCGCCGCGUCUCUUCGUGA